CGGCGCCGCACACCAAAGAGCCGAAGAGGCAUGAGCAUCACCCAUAGAUAAGCACGACCCGCACGCGCGCAGCGCAAAGAUCCCAAGCCCGAAAUGGCAACCGCUGCCGACACCGCCGCCGCCGCAAAAGCAGCCGACGCGGUGGCCGCCGUGGCGUCGCGGGACCACCCCGCGUGCUCCCAGCCGCUGGCCGGCCGCGUGGCCAUCGUGACCGGCGCGUCGCGCGGCAUCGGGCGCGCCAUAGCCACCCACCUCUCCUCCCUCGGCGCCAGCCUCGUCCUCGGCUACGCCUCCAGCGCCUCCUUGGCCGAGCAGCUCGCGGCCUCCCUCCUCCCCCCAAACUCCGCCAUAGCCGUCAAGGCCGAUGUCUCCUCGGAAGCCGGCGUCAGGUCCCUCUUCGACGCCGCGGAGUCCGCCUUCGGCCGCCCGGCGCAAAUCCUCGUGGCCAACGCCGGGGUGCUCGACGAUAAGUACCCUUCCCUGGCCGCGACCGCCACCGCCGACUUCGACCGGGUCUUCUCCACCAACGCCCGCGGCGCGUUCCUCUGCCUCCGGGAAGCCGCGAACCGCAUCCCCCCCGGCUGCGGCGGCGGCGGCGGGGGCCGGAUCGUAGCGGUGACGUCCUCCGUGGUGGCCUCGCUCCCCGAGGGCUACGCGGCGUACACGGCGUCCAAGGCGGCCGUGGAGGCCAUGGUGCGGACCAUGGCCAAGGAGCUCAGGGGCACCCGGGUCACUGCCAACUGCGUCGCGCCGGGGGCCACGGCCACCGACAUGUUCUUCGCCGGGAAGAGCGAGGAGACCGUGAGGAGGGUUGCCGAGGGGAACCCGAUGUGCCGGAUCGGGGAGGCUGGUGACAUCGCGCCCGUCGUCGGGUUCCUCUGCACCGACGCCGCCGAGUGGAUCAACGGCCAGGUCAUCCGGGCCAACGGCGGCUACGUCUGAAACUCUGAAUGUCUCGUGGUAUAUCUCGAGUAAAAUGCACUGCAGUUCCUACAACUAUACGCGGUGUGUCAAGUGAGUCCUAAUUCUAUCAAAGUGCAUAUUUGGAUCCUAAUUCUUUUUAAGUUGUUCACGCGUGGUCCUAAUCGAACCCAAACCGCUGCUGACCGGCCAGGUGGCAAGUUGACUGUCACGCUGGCUAACUGUGUCGAGUUGCUAGAAAAUGCAAAUAGGUCCGGCCUUUCCAUUUUCCAAUUUCAAACAGGAUGGAGAGAAUCGGGGAAGGACCUCGGGAUGAGUAAAAUUGAAAGAUUGGACCUAUUUGCAAUUUUCAGCGGCCCGGCAAUUAGCCAACUUGGAAGUCAACUUGCCACCUGGCCGGUCAGCAGUGUCUCGGGCGCGAACAACUUACAAAGAAUUAGGGUUCAAAUAUACACUUUGAUAGAAUUAGGACUCACUUGACACAUCCCGAAUAGUUUUAAGACCUACGGUGCUUUUUACUCGUGUAUCUCUGAGGUCUGCUGGCUGGAUAAUAAGUACUUCUGGAUAUACAGUAGCAGAAAUCUGAAGAAAUGAAUUUGAGAAUGUGCAAUCCGCUUUAUGUAACGGUAUUGUAGACUUGCGGAUUGAUCUGAUCUCCAGUCUUUAAAUAUUUGACAAA